AUGGGACAAAAUGACCAGUAUGAAUGGGGAAAAGGUGCUAAGAAGACAAUAAAUGCUCAUCGAUAUAUUGAUUUAUUCGAAGAAGUUGAUGUACCUACAAUGAAACAAUUGUUUCCAGAUAAUGAUUAUAUUUUUGAGAAUGAUACAUCUCGUAUUCACCGUACAUCUGGUGUUACAAACUUUGUAGAAGAAAAUAUACCUGAACGUAUCAAUAUUGAUGAUCAAGCUACGAAGAUGGAUGAUAUAUGA